GAAACUAUUGGAGUCGUACAGAGAAUCUGUUUGGACUUCAGUGGCGGUGUUUUAAGUACUUUGCUUCUGUCCGAAUCUAACAUUCUCCGUCAUCCGCCUCUUGAUUUCGCGCCACCUCUCUCACUUAUCUUCUUUCUUCUCGCAACUUUCUCACCCACUAUCUCCGAUCCGCCUGAGUUUUUCUGUCGAGUGCUCAGUCUCAAGGUGGAUGAAGAAUCAAAGACUUGAAUGCAAUAUACAGCCGUUACUUUGAGGUUUCACGUGAUUACAUCACUAAAAUGAGGCAACAAAGAGCCUCUGAGGAUAGAUAUCUCUCAUCUCAUCCCCAUGGAACCUUGGAGCAUCGAGGCAAGGAUGAGCUGGUGAAGCGUGAUAUGUUGGAUCCGCCGAGGUAUCUCAGAAGAACUGAAGCUACCCGCGGAAAGGCGUUGAGUUUUGGAGUUUUAGAUUGGCAACAGUUAGAGAAACGGAAAGAUAGUGCUUCAGAGAGAACCAAAGAGGCGUGUUGUAGUUAUGCUUCUUCAUACACAGGUUCGUUGGAACUAGAUCUAGCAACCGGUGUUGUUAAAAGACUGGAGUUAGAUGGAAAACAAGAUGAUGUCCAAUGUGAAAGUUCAAGUCCGGUUAAUGUAAGGGAGCAGAACCAACACUCUUUGGAGAAACCAUGUUUGUCUAAUAAAGGAAGACAUGCUUCUCCCAACCCACGGUUUAGCUUCAGUUUCAGUCAGAUGAGAAGAAGUUUCAGUACCAAAGAAACCUCAUCGUCUGGUUCUACAUUGUCAAGCACAUCUCAUGCUUCAGCUAAAUCAGGUCCUUUGACAUUCAACGACUCUGCCAUAACAAAACCGAAGAACGGUCACAGCAGAACAAGAUCAGGUCCUGUAAAGACUGACAAGAAUGUCCCACUACAAGUGGCUUCAAAACCACCAACCACGGAGAAGAAGAGUCACUGCAGCUCAAGAUCCCACGCUCUUUUGCAGUUCACUUUGAGAAAAGGUAUCAGUUUAUAUCAGUUUGUGGUUGACAACAACACCAACAACAACGUUCUUGCUGCCACCAUGAAGAGUUCAGAUUCUUCUAGAAGGUCUUACACAUUGUACUCCAUCAAAGAAGUAAAGAACAAGAGUGGGAACUGGUUAAGCCGCAGCAGGAACGAUCAUCCGUUUGUACACACAAUCAUCGGUCAGAUGAAGACUAACUUUGAUUCAGCAACCCAUAAAACAGAAUCUGUUUUGUUCGGUGUUGAGACAAACGAAGAGCUUGCAGCAGCUGUUGUUCAGACAAGAAACAGGACUCAGAAGCAGGACACAACUACUGUUAUGCUCCCUGGUGGCUCUCACACGCUUCCUAAAGACUGUAAUGCCCCUCUACCUUUGAUUGACCGGUGGAAAGCCGGUGGAAAAUGUGACUGCGGUGGCUGGGACAUUGGUUGCAAACUCCGUGUCCUCUCUAGUAAUCAUCAUACAAAGUCUGAAUCUUUCUCAAGCUUUCAACUGUUUGGUCAGGAAAGAGAUGAGCCAGUAUUUAAAAUGGUCACACACGACGAUGAACUCCACUCGGUUGAGUUCGGUUCAUCGGUUUCCCUCUUGGAAGCUUUCUUUAUUGCAUUGGCAGUAAGCAGUCAUCAGAACUGGUGUGAAGAGGAGGAGGAGGAAGAAGCAGUGUUGAUAGGAGGUGGUACGUUGAAGAGAGUAGCAUCGACGAAGUACGCAUCAAACCCACCUGUUUCUCCAAUAGGUCGGGUCUAGUGCCAAUCAUUUGGCUGAGCUGGCUGAGCUAAGACUAUGUUGGGUUGUGCUUUAAUACAACUGUAGUUAAGAAUCAUAUAUAUAUGGCACAAUUGUUUAGAAAUGUACAAAAUAGUGAAAAUACAUUUUUAUAUUUUCAACAUCUUCAAAUCUUUUUAUAAAAAAAAUAGUCACUUAAGCUA